AUGGCCAGAGCUUGGUGGAGGGUCUGGCACUUGGGGCUCCGCAAGGCCCUUGUCCCACUGCAGGCUGCCUGGGUCGCCUUCUCUCAGCCUGUCCCAACCAGCUGUGGCCAGCUGCUAACCCAGCUCCUCCUGUGCGGUUCCCCGGCCCUUGCUGCUGCGGGUCUGACGCACCGCUGGCUCGUGUCCUCGUUGCUUUAUCCUCCGGGACCCUCGGCCACAGUGGCCACUGUCUGCGGCCUCCUAGUCUUCCUGGUCCUGGGCUUGGUGCCCCCCGCGCGCUGCCUGUUUGCACUCAGCGUCCCCACCCUGAGCACGGAGCAGGGCCGCCGCCUGCUCCUGUCCUGGAGCACCGCCACCCUGGCCGUCGCCGUGGUGCCCAACGUCUUGGCCAACGUGGGCGCGGCCGGGCAGGUGCUGAGAUGUGUCACAGAGGGCUCCCUGGAAAGCCUGCUCAACACCACUCACCGGCUGCACACAGCGUCCGGGGCUCUGGGCCCCGCUGGCCAAGCAGGCGGCCGGGGCUUGACCCUCCAGGCCCAGGGCAAUGGCUCUGUAUUCCUGCUUCACAUGCUCAGGGUCACUCAGCAGGUGCUGGAGGACUUCUCUGGCCUGGAGUCCCUGGUCCGGGCGGCCGUGCUGGGGACCCAGCAGGUGGUCGCGGGGCUCUUUGUGCUGGGCCUCCUCGUGGACUCCGGCUGGUACCUCCACCGCUACCUGACGGACCUGCGGUUUGACAAUAUCUACGCCACACGACAACUGGCUUUGCAGCUGGCCGAGGCCCAGGCCACACACCUGGUGGCUUCCCCACCAGCCUGGCUGCUCUGGGCCGCCCGGCCGAGGCUGUCCCAGGGGGAGCUGCUGAGCUGUCUCCUGAGGCUGGGACUGCUCACCCUGCCCCUGAUGGCCACAGCUGUGAUGGUGGCUACAGACCACGUGGCCUUUCUCCUGGCUCAGGCAGCCGUGGACUGGGCGCAGAAACUGCCUGCCGUGCCCACCACGCUCACGGUCAAGUAUGAUGCCACGUACACGGUCCUGGGUUUCGUCCCCUUUCUCUUCAACCAGCCGCCUCCGGAGAGCCCCUUCCUCUCUGCUCACAGGUCCUUCCAGUGGGAGCUCCGCCUCACCUCCCAGGGCUGCCGGCUGCUGCCCGCGCAGCGCCCCCAGGCGGCCGCCCCCCUGGCUGCCGGCGCCCUGCAGCUGGCGGCCUGCGCCACCGUCCUGCUGGAGACCUACGCCCGGCGCCUGCGGCACACCGUCGCCGCUUCCUUCUUCUCGGCCCAGGAGGCCAGGAGGGCCCGCCACCUUCACGCCCGGCUCCAGCGCAGAUACGACAGGCGCCGAGGCCAGCAGCUGCCCCCGCAGACCCCCUCCUGCUCCUGACACCCGGGCCUGCCAGCACCCGCCCCGGCCUGGAUGCUGGAGAGAACAGAGAGCAGUAAGGCAGAGGGGAAGCAGCGCGGAAGCCGCACAGACCUUGGUCCUUGCUGUGUGACCUUGGGUGGAUUGCUUCACCUCUCUGAGCCUCAGUUUCUAUGCCUGCCUAAUGACUGCAUAAUAACAACCCAUGUGACCUACUUUCCACGGAGGGGGGGCGGGGGAAUGAAUCAAAACUCUGUGAAUUGCAUCACCCCGGCUCCCUUGGCCUCUGACUUCUAG